GUGGGCGGGGUGGGGGUGUCCGUGCCCAGGCUCUGGAUUGGGAGCAGGGCAGGAGCCGGGCCGGGCCGGCAGCGUGUGCAGCGCUGCUCGAAAAUGCACUCGGAUGCCGCCGCUGUCAAUUUUCAACUGAAUUCUCAUCUAUCAACACUGGCAAAUAUUCACAAGAUUUACCACACCCUCAAUAGGCUGAAUCUGACAGAGGACGUUGGUCAAGACGAUCACCAGACAGGAGAGAGCCUUUCAAAGAUUCGAAGAAUAGGAAGUCUUCGGUCUUGCAGUUCAUCAGACUGCUUUAGUAAAGUGAUGCCUCCAAGGAAAAAGAGGAGACCUGCAGCAGGAGAUGAUUUAUCUGCUAAGAAAAGUAGACAUGAUGGUAUGUAUAGAAAAUACGAUUCAACUAGAAUAAAAGCAGAGGAAGAAGAAGUCUUUUCAAGUAAGAGAUGCUUAGAAUGGUUCUAUGAAUAUGCAGGCACGGAUGACAUUGUAGGGCCAGAAGGUAUGGAGAAAUUUUGUGAAGACAUUGGAGUUGAACCAGAAAAUGUAGUUAUGCUUGUGUUAGCAUGGAAGUUGGAUGCUCAAAACAUGGGUUACUUUACGUUACAAGAAUGGUUAAAAGGAAUGACAUCACUACAGUGUGAUACUACAGAAAAACUGAGAAAUUCUCUGGAUUACUUGAGAUCUUUAUUAAAUGAGCCUACCAAUUUUAAACUUAUUUAUAGAUAUGCCUUUGACUUCGCACGGGAAAAGGACCAGCGCAGCCUAGAUAUCAAUACUGCCAAGUGUAUGUUGGGCCUUCUUUUAGGAAAAGCAUGGUCCCUUUUUCCAGUGUUUCAUCAGUUUCUAGAGCAGCAAUCAAAAUACAAAGUUAUCAAUAAGGACCAAUGGUGUAACGUUCUUGAAUUCAGCAGAACAAUUAACCUUGACCUCAGUAACUAUGAUGAAGAUGGAGCCUGGCCAGUGUUGUUGGAUGAGUUUGUGGAAUGGUAUAAAGGAAAACAGAUGACAUAGGAGUUUAACUAUGCACAGCCACUCAAGAGUCACUGUUACCACAGUUAUGUCAACCAUUAGCCAUAAACUGCUAUCUGUAUCAAAGUGCAUGCUGCUUUUCUUGCACUGCAUCCCUUUGGCAAGGAACUUUUGAUGUUUGCUAUUUAACAAGCUAGCUAUGCUUGCUGUUUAGCAUUGUUCUCUUUGAAGGCUGCUUUGCAUUUUGUAUUUACACUUCAAAUUGGUGAACUUGCCAGAGUCUUCACUGUGAUUAUGUGUAUAUUGCUGUCUAAAUUUUGUAUAUGUGUAUAAAAAAAGGCUUCACCUAGGAAUUAUUUCUGCAGAAAUGUAUUGUAAAAAUAAUUUCGUGGCAUAUUUCUAAUCAUCACUUACAUGUCUGUUGAAACUUCAGUUAUUUUGUUUUUCUUUUGGUCUCAAAUGUAGCAUUUCAGUCUUUCUGGCCAUAGUUAUGUGAAGAACUAUUUACGGUUUCAAUGUUACUAUUUGAGAUGCCAAUUUCUGAGAAGACAUGCUGUGAUUUCCUUCACCAGAUUUUGCCAAACCUGACUUAAUGCUUUAUAGGAAUGAAACAUUGGUGUCUUAAAAAAUAUAUACAUAUAAAUAUUUAAACACUGUAAUAGUUGUACAUGCCAUAGAUGAUUUCCAUUUGAAGAAAAAAGUACUGACUUUUUAAUGUUAAAACUGCAGUAGUCGUUACAGGUACAAAAGAACAAAUUAAAGUACCUUUUAAAAAUGGGUUUUAGACUUUUGUAAAUUGCCUUUGGCAUACUCCUUUUAAUUUUUGGUGUACCAAGAGUGUUUGGUCUAUGUUGUGAUCUAGUGACCCAAUGACAUUGAAAGUUCUAGCUGAAAUAAGUGGUUUGGGGAAUGAAGUAUGCUCACCCCUAGCACAGGCAUAAUAAAGGUUUUGGGGAUUAUUUUGUUUGUAACACUAGUCUUUCCAAGGACCUCCAGCUUCGUGUUUCUAAGUACUUGAAAAUAUGAUAUCAGAAAAAAUACAAUGUUGAAUAUCAAAAUAUUACUUUUCCUUUCCUGUUGGGGAUUAAAGUUUCCUAGCAGAAUGUCCAUUGCAGGCAAUGGGCAUGUAAGACACCAGCAUUAAGUGACAGUACUUUUUAGUAGGGACCACUGCCUGUUUCACUCAUCUCUAUCUGUAUGGGAUGGUUCUAGUGAUUAUUUGGGGAAAAAAUGAGUGAAUGGAAUAAUGUUUAAGUUCUGUAAUUUUGUCAAGUUGUCUUUGCCUUACUCUUCUUUAUUAAUGUUAGUGUUGAUAUUUAUAAAUAGUUCCUUAAAGUAUCAGGUGCUAUUAAACUUCUAUCCCUAAGGAUUUAUUAAAAUGUUAUUGAUUCAUGGAGCAUUUAAUAUCAAAGGGCCAGUGGGUGUCUUGGAACAACAAAUAACAUUACUUUUCUGUAGAAAUAUUUUACAAGGCACUGGCAGUUUUGUUAUUUCCCUAGAAUGCCAUCCAGGGGAAGAUCAGAAAAGCAUUUUAAGUUGAAAGUGAAAUUCUCUUCUGUGUUGAAGGUUCUGUCCUUGCCAUCAAGUGAAGAACAACUGCCAUUGACUUGAUUCCUUUCAGGAUUAAGUCUAGUUUAGCAAAAGCACAAUAGUUUGCUGCCCUGGGCCAGGAGGUUGUAAUUGUUGUGGUACAGGUGGUCAGUUGUGUUCAGAUCUAUUUGUUGUUGUUCUUGGCUUUUGUUUUUCAAGCUCAGCUGCCAAAGACAAAAACUGUGUGUCUGUUUGUGUAUAUUUGUAUAUACAUAAAUAUACAAUAUACAUGCAUAUAGGAAACCUAGAAUUUCAUGAUGCUAAGAAGAAAAUACUACCUUUCCUGUGAAAUAGUUACAUUUGGAUUUCCAUAAUACUAAAUAGUGGUUUUUAAAGUUAGUAGUGGUAAAACAUACACAGUCAGUGCUUUCUCAUCUACUAAUGCACAUAACCUUAAUUCCAUUUUUGAUGCCAGUUUGCACAAGAAAUUGAGUGGAGUGUGGUAUUUAAUGUUUACAAUAAGCUCUUAAGAAAACACACCUUUUAUUAAGGCUUCUGAUGUAAAUGUGUAUAUUACAAUAGCAUUAGCAUAGUGAAACCAGUGGAGCUGUUGGUUUAGUUCUUCAGAGAAUGAACUUAGAAGCAAUAUAACUUUUAACAUUAGGCCCAAUUGUGAUUGCCAAGAUUUUAAGUGAAAAUAGGCGUAAUUGUUCUUCAAGCAUUAAGCUAGCUGUUGACUCUAGGAAACUGUUCAGCACAAAUUGGUGUGAAUCCUGCAACAAAUACAAUUUUGUAUAAAAGGUUUUGUAACUGAGCUUCCAAUAAUGGAAGCAAGAGCCAAAGACACUUUUAAUCUAUUAAUCUACUGUUACAGGUAUAGCUUUCAUAUAACAGGAUUGACAGAAGUCGGUUCAGCCAGGUGUUGGCAGUUUUGCAAAUGUUUAUCAGAAUAAAAAAAAUUACUUAAAAGCAAAUAAAUAGGGGAAAAAAAAAACUCAGUAUUUCAGCUGUGUAAGCAAACAAACUUGGUUUUUUAAUUUGGGUAAAAGUAAUUGGGAGUGAUGGAAAGGAAGAAUGUGUUCGGAAAUGAAUCAGAUGCUGCAAAUUUUUUCUUCCAUUUGAAACAGUAUGAAUCUGUAGCCAUCAGCAGGUUUAUAAACAUGCAUCUUCAUAAAAUAAACCACAGAUUCAAUUAAAGCUAGUAGAGACAGCUUUACUGACAUUUAUAUUGAACAAAUGGACUAAAAUGAACCUGUGUGGUUUGAUGAGCUUCCCUGUGCUAUCCAUCCUGUUGGUUUUGCUAAAUAUGCUGAUAAGCAGAAGAUCCUAACAUUGCCUACUCCUGUAUAUUGGAGAAACUUUUAAUAGUUGUGGAAACUUAACUAACAUACUCAGUUAAUCUUGUAUUUAGUACAAGUGUGGCAUUUGCUUUUUUUGUUUAUUAUGCUGAUAAUCUAGCUGAUGUAGACUUUUUUUUGUUUGAUUGUGGGCUCCCAUCCCAACCCUUAUGAAGAGUAAUGUACAAAACAUGCUGUUUUCUGGGACAAGACACUGAGAGGUCAUUCCUGAAAAAGUGUUCUGGGUCUUGUGCUAAUGUUACUGGUGUACUGUUACUGAACUUUUAGCAGAAACUUGAUCAUCAAUCUGCAGUUAAUUUUUGGUAUUUGGGAGAUAUAAAUUUGAGAGACAGUGAAAGGAAAACGGUGUUCAGAGACUGCAGGAGUUGAUGUUCUUUGAUCGAUGACAAACCUUUGGAACUCAGUAAUCUUAAGAAUCUUUUCAACCUAAAUGAUUCUAUUAAUAUUAGUAACCAAAACAGUCCAUGAAUUAAAUUUCCUUCUGAAGAAAAGUGAUAUUAAGUAUUUAAAGUAUUAAUAUAAGUCUCUAUUACUGUUAUUUCUUCACUUUUUAUCUUUUCCAAGGAAAGCAAGCUGAAGAACAUAGAAAUUACUGAAAAUAUUUAUGUACUUGAGUUUUCAAUUAAAACCUCUUUAAGGUUGUCUAUAAGCUCCAAUAACUGCUUGGUUUAUCUUUGUGUAGCCAUUUCUAAUUCUGUAGAGGCUUCUCCCAUUUUACCACAAACAUGUUUUAUUUCAUCAGAAAUAUGCUCACACAGUCAAAAUUAGUUACAGCUUAUUGCUACUUUGUUAAUGUUCCCAAGUUACUAUUUUGAAGGACAAGAAAUGGACUUCAGUUGUGUUUAAGGUUUUCCCAGAUUUCUCUUGAACCUCAAUCACAAGUCUCACAAAUUGUUUGAUACUCUUGGAAUUUAUAUAGGCAGCUUUAAAGGUUAGCUUGUGUCCUGGUUCUAUUUAUAGCUGCUAACAUACCUCUUUCUAGGCCUUAUAUUUUGUCUUUUCAUAUUGUUGUAAAAGUAUAUAGAAUCCAUCCACAAACUGAAUGGUUUGUUUUCUGUAAUUGAGACCAAAAUUCAGCUUUUUUUUGUUUGCUUUUACUUUUAAAUCCUUACCCACUCUCCCGCUGUGUGUGUGUGCAUGUGUAUGUGUGUCAAAAUAGCACCUGCUGUGUUCCUGCUGUGGCAGGAACAGCAGUUAACCUGUAACUGUGAAUGCUUUAUGUCUUAGUUACUUAGAUAUUACAUAAAUAAGGUGUGCUAAACUCCUGUGACUCACAAUAUGAUGAAAAUACUAUUAUGCCACCUAACAUGAGUUAAUCCAGUUGAUUUUUUUAGGUCUUUUCUUGGUGUUGUUGUAAAAUGGCAUCCCAGAAAUAAACAGUAUUUGUGUUGGUUUCA